AUGGUUUCACCUUUAAUACCACCUUUUAGGUACGCUAUAGUCGAAAACGAAGUUUAUCGUGGAGCAUAUCCAAAAAAUAGAAAUUAUCGCUUUUUAAAAAGGUUAAAACUUAAAACGAUACUUUCACUUAUACCUGAACAACCAGUGACCGAACUCCUAGAAUUUUGUCAAAAUGAAAAUAUAAAAAGUAUACAUUUACAAGUUAACCGAGCUAAAGACAACGUUCCGUUAAAUUAUCAUAAAGCCGUUCAAACAUUACAGAUAAUAAUAGAUCCAUCAUAUUUACCGAUAUUCAUACAUUGUUUAGAUGGUGCAAAUGUUACAGGAUUGGUUGUAGCUUGUCUAAGAAAAUUACAAAUGUGGAGUAUACCUUCAGCAAUGGGUGAAUUCUUAAGAUACCUUCGUGAUGGUGUAAUUUCAACAGAAGAGAGUGAAUUCGUAGAAAAAUUUUCUGCAGAAAUAGAAAUUCCACGUAAAAUACCACAGUGGUUAUGGGGAGGUCACGUAACAUUUAAUAAACACCCAACAUUAAAAUUAAAAUUUUUGGAUCCAAAUAUUGUUGAACCAUUAGAAACACAAAAAAAGAAAAGUGAUGUUGAAAUCGAUGACAAUAGAAAAAGGGCUGGAACUGAUUUAUUAGGAGAUUUAUUAGAAUCAACUAACACUGUAACUGAAUAUGAAAUAAAUGAGGUCUAA